UAUUAGCGCGCCGUUAUCGUUAUCGGUCGGGACAGAGUACACACGGGCUGGACAUUCUAUGUGUUAAGUGACAGCAUCAUAGCAUACAGUCACCACCGAACUGGCAUAAGUAUCUUCUAUCUUAUAUAAUUUAUUUCAUGCUGUUAUUCUAUGGCUUAAUAUCUGGUUCACAAGAGAGUUGUUGAUCAGGCGUUCUACGGCAGUAUGACGCCAUUCCUGCACGUGCUGUUGCUUCUUGCUCUGUGUGUGUUUGGUAAUCAAGCGCUGAAUAAUCAAACAGGAUGUCCACAUGGAAAUGGAAAUGCCCAAUACAACAUAAAUGAGAAGUUACCUAUAGGCACGGAGGUCAUCCUGUUUGAGAAUAUAAAAAACAUCACACUUUCCGGGACUGCAUUUGAUGUCACGAAGAAAGGAGAUGAAGCGUAUGCUGUAAUUCUUAAGAAAAAUUACGUCUACGAUGCAUCAAAUAUUGGGAACAAUUUAAAAAACGUUCAUUUUACCUGUGUUCCAAAGCAUGGAUCAACAAUACAGAUGGCUAAAAAUGCUAAGUAUGUACAAUACUAUUGGAUGAGGAAAGGGGAAAGAAGGAGAGUGAAGAUGGCAGAGAUCAUGGCAUAUUAA